AUGGAGGGAUCUGAGGAGCUGGAGAGCAGCCUCCUGACACAGCCCUGGGCUUCUGUUUGCUUUGGCGAGUCUGCUUUUCUUGCCAAAGCGUGCUUCAGGGAUACUGGCUACGUCCUGCUGAUCUCCGACCUCAGCAGCGUCUGGUACGAGAGUGCAGAUGCUGAGGCCGUGGGACAAAGGUCCAAGGAGCUGAACAAACGGCUGACGGUCCAUGUGUCCUCCUUCCUGCACCGCUUGUGCAAGCUGAUGUGCCCCUUGCUGGCAGGGCAGCCGGACGCCACCACCUCCUUCUCCUGCCACCGCAGUGCCAGCGGCCUCAGCCUGCAUGUGAGGAGUGAGCUCUCGGGACUGCCCUUCUACUGGGACUUCCACUGCUGCCCAGCUCCGGUGGAGAUG